AGGCGCGAUGGACCUGCGCAUCCUGGAGCCCCGGGUGCGGGUGCUGAGCAUCGCCCGCGCCGGCCUCUGGCUCUACACCCACCCGCUCCUCAAGAUGCUGCUCCUGCCGCAGCGCAGCAGAUGCAAAUUCUUCAGCUUAACCGAGACUCCUGAAGACUAUACCAUUAUAUUGGAUGAAGAAGGCUUUAAAGAGCUGCCCCCCUCCGAGUUCUUGCAAGUCGUAGAUUCCACCUGGCUGGUGCUCAAUGUCUUGUCCAACGGCAGUUCCUCGGCCAACAUCCAGCCCAUCGGGGUCACCAAGAUCGCCAAGUCCGUCAUUGCGCCGUUGGCAGAGCACAACGUCUCAGUACUGAUGCUGUCCACCUACCAGACUGACUUCAUUCUGGUGCGGGAGAAGGACUUGCCUGUUGUGAUCCACACCCUGGAAGGCGAGUUUGAUAUUUACAAGGAGGUGAAUGGGGAGCCAGUCCCAGCAAACUGUGAUGACGCUAGUAACGGGUUCCUGAAGCCAAAGCAAACAGUAAACUGCACUGUCCACCCUGUCCAGAGCCCCCGGAACAGGUUCUGUAUUCUGAGUGUCGCUCCUGACUCCUUGCCGGCGAUAGCCACCAUCCUCAUUGAUGUCCUGUUCUACUCGCACAGCCCACCGAAGGAAACGGUUUCCAGCAGCCAGGAUCUCAACUCUAUUACCUUCUUUGCCUUUUCUUUGAUAGAGGGCUACAUUUCUGUUGUCAUGGAUGCUGAGACUAAGAAGAAAUUUCCCAGUGACCUCCUGCUGACCAGCUCCUCAGGGGAACUCUGGAGGAUGGUGAGAAUCGGCGGGCAGCCCUUGGGCUUCGAUGAAUGUGGGAUUGUGGCUCAGAUUGCAGAGCCCCUGGCUGAUGCAGACAUAUCUGCUUACUACAUCAGCACCUUCAACUUUGACCAUGCCCUAGUCCCAGAGGAAGGUAUUGACCACGUCACGGAAGUGCUCCAGAAACGGCAGGAGAGCCAGAGAUAGCCGCUUGGCAGGAC